CAAGUUAGAGAAGCAAGAGAAUGAAAUUGAAAACAGCUUAGUUUGCAUGGUUAUCUUUCGUAAUGAACUUUAUGGAGGCUAAAGGUUAGCCUAGCCGUGGCACGAGCAGAAGCUUUUUGCUUAGACUAUUUCACUAUUUUCUUUAAAUUAUAUUAAAUUAGGUAAACAUGACAGCUCAAGGAGAAAAGCGAGUACUAUCAAUUCAAAGUUCUGUUGUCUUUGGUUACGUUGGAAACAAAAGCGCAACUUUCCCAUUACAGCUGCAUGGCUAUGAUGUUAGUACAAUCAACUCUGUUCAGUUUUCAAAUCACACAGGCUAUGGUAAAUGGAAAGGGCAAGUUUUAAAUGCAGAAGAGGCACACGAUUUGUUUCAAGGACUUCGCAUCAACAAUCUUCUUGACUUUACACAUGUUCUUACCGGUUACAUAGGGUCUGAGUCUUUUCUCAAGAAAGUUGGAGAAGUUGUCAAGGAGCUGAAAUCUAAAAAUCCCAACCUAAUUUAUGUCUGUGAUCCAGUAAUGGGAGAUGAUGGCAAACUGUAUGUGAGUGAGGCACUGGUACCUGUCUAUAGAACACAGAUCCUGGAGCAGGCGGACAUCAUCACACCUAAUCAGUUUGAACUGGAACAGCUAACAGAACUGCCUGUGGAAACAGAGGAGCAAGCAUUCAUUGCCAUGAACAAACUACAUGAUCGAGGUGUGGGGAUAGUUGUACUCAGCAGCAGUAACCUGGGGGUCAACUCUAAUAUGCUGUGUCUCGCUAGUAUACGCCAAGAAAAAGUUUCCAAGAGAUACAGGCUACAAAUUCCUGUGGUGAAUGCUAAAUUUGUUGGCACUGGGGACUUGUUUGCUGCCUCUCUCCUCACAUGGAUGGACAAAGAAAAAGACCUCAAGCCUGCUCUUGAAAAAACAGUCAGUGUCGUCCAACAUGUUAUAAAAAAAACUUAUGAGAGAGCACUAAAACUUGCCGCCCCUGAAGAGACACCUACUGCUGCUCAAAUGGAGCUCCAGCUUAUCAGCUCCAAAGAAAAUAUAGAGAACCCAACAGUUCUAUUCCUAGCAGAAGAAAUAGAGUAUAAAGUCUAGAAAAACUAGGAAAACAUUUUAUCUAAUCAGAUGUGGAUUCUGCAACAUAGAUCUCUAAAACACAAGAGCUACAUGCUAAUGCUAAGGGCAUUUAUGAUUGGUCCAAUCUUACCAUGUGACACUUAGUCAUAGUCUCACAUUCCAUCAUACCAAAGACCAUACAAGCUUCUGGAGGUCUGGGAUCAAACACCAAUGAGACUGAGCAAACACAUCAACUGGGUUGUUGUUUUUUUUACAUUUGUCAGUAUUACAGUUGAAAUGUGUCCAUGAAUAUUUGUUACACAUUCCAGUCAGGAAUAGUUAGUUUUAUGUAAUGGUGGCAAUGACCAUCUUUGUUGUGGUUUUAACUGUAUAUUAUAUUUAGAGAACGCAAGUGUGGUCAGAGAAUAAACAGUGCUGUGUUACUAUUAUUGUUAUGAAAAAGUCUAUGUGAAAUUAAUUUAAAUUAUGUAAUAAAUAGUUUUAACAUGUUUUGGUUACUUUGUU